AUGCCACGGUCGCCCGAGACCACCAAUUGCGAUGCAGUGGUAGGAGACUCGUCUGAUGCUUUUAACCAGAGGAUUCAAGCGGUCUUUGCUCCUGUCGGGAGCACCGAUGGUGGCAACCAGCCAGGGGCCAUCAACGCCGCCCCUCCAUUACCAGAUAAUUACAGUGGCAACGUGCAGCAGCACCUAGAUAAUCAACCCCUUGCCGUAUCAGACGCCGGGUUCGAAACAGGGUGGGCUUCUUGGCUGUUGUGCGACGACUUUAAUCUAGAUGCCGUCAACUCGUCUUUGCUUCAAGCUACUGCAGAAGAAUCAGUCCAGAUCCCAGUCUGGAAAAUGGUUGGAUCGACGAAUGUUAUCGUGAAGAGCUCGCUGAGCGUCUCAAGCCGCGAGUCCAGGCAGGAAUUCUUCCUUCGACCACCUUCAUAG